GUGAUUGGCCACUGACUAGCUCUAGAUUGUCUAUGAUUGGCUUGGGGCGUUUCCUUAGGAGCGGGCUCUGGUGUAGUCCUGGCGCCAUAUUGGCUCCUCCCGCUGUUGGUUGCUUGGAAUUUUGUGUACUGUGUUCGUAACUGUCAUUGUACUUACCGACGGUCCCUCCUUUGAGAUAUACCGCCACUGCAGCCGCUCUUACCUGCUUCUGUGUGGCCAGUUAGUGAGGCUUUGUUUAAACCCGAGGUACUGAGCGCACAAGUGGUAGGACCCAUGCUGAAGUGCAGGUAACAGGAAUAUGUCAAACCGUAUGUUAUCUGUAAAUUUCCCUCCAUCCAAAUGUGCAUUGUGGGACACCGCUCCAAUGGGUGAUGGUAUUGGCUUACAUGUCAGCUAUUACAGAAAUCCCAGAUUGCUUGUGUCAGAAAAGGCUUUGCGUCUUUCUUAUCGUCAUGCCAAAACAGGGAGAAAGCCUUUUUCCUGUUUCUUGUUGGGCACCUUUUCAGUAGAUGAAGAUGAAGAAGGUGUAACAUUAAUAAUUGAUCGCUUUGACCCUGGCCGAGAGAAAACAGGUGGUGGUGGUGGCAAAGUCCCAACUGCACAGCUUCCUGGAGACUUUGUAUUGCCUUGCACUAUCACCCUAGGAAAAGGCUCAAACAAUGUUAUAGUACAUACCCCUGAAGAUUUUACAUCAUCUUUCAUGAGCCUAGAGAGUCAUCUUCACAGUAAAGAAGCCUUGGAUCUCUCUAAAUUGCUUACCAUGAGAGCUCAUAUCACUUACACAGAGAACAUGGACAAUCUUCACUUUGAUCUUCGCUGGGCGGCGGUUGUUGUUGCAAAUACAUUUGAAAGUACUCCCAUAAAGCCUGUCCCAAUUAUUCCCACAGCCUUAGCCAGGAAUCUGGGCAGUCAUAAUAAUAUUGCACAGCUUCAAGGAACACACAAAAGCGGAUAUCUGACAAUGGACCAGACACGGAAGCUGUUGCUUGUACUAGAAUCUGAUCCAAAGGUGUAUAUGUUGCCACUUGUGGGAAUCUGGCUAAGUGGGGUAACUCAUAUUCACAGCCCCCAGGUAUGGGCUGCUUGCUUGAGAUAUAUAUUCAGUUCUUCAAUACAUGAAAGGGUGCUCUCAGAGUCUGGAAGUUUCCUUAUAGUCCUCUAUUCGCUUACACACAAGGAGCCGGAAUUUUAUGAAUGUUGUCCUUGUGUCAGGCAUGACCCGCUGGGAUUUCAGUUGCUGACCUGUCAAGAUGCAUUACAUCUUUUCAAAAGUGCUGAAGUUUCAAAAAAUCCACUCCUUCAAUUUGAACUUUCCAAUGAAUGUCAGGAAUUUGAAGCAAACUUGUUUAAUGAAACUUGUAAGAACAAGUCCAUCACAGUUCCACUUUCUAAUAAACUGUCAACAAGCGACCAUGAUUCUGGAGUGGAAGAUGAAGAUUUUUCCCCAAGACCAUCUCCUCGGCCCCAUCCUUCAGUCCAGCAGGUAUCUAGAAUUCAUCCGUCUGUUCCUGAACUUUCUUUGGUCUUCAACAGUUUUUUUGACCCCAAAUCUGCUUCACACCAUCCAGAUAAAAGGAGUAGAAACAAUCUCCUGUUUUCCUCAACUCCACAAAAUGUAAAUAAUGUGUUUGCGGGUGCAUCCAAACCCAACAAAGAACCACAAUCAUGUGAUAAUCAGUCUAAAGAUUUCCUCCUAAAACCUGUUACUUCUCAGAACACAAAUUCAACCACAAUGAAACCUUCCAAAGUUUUAUCCUCCCCAGCUGAAAAUCAGCCCCCUCACCAACAAUCAUCAAACCAGAUCCGGAGAAAUUCAACAUCUAACUCUUCUGCAUUUUCCACCCCAAGAAGUGGAUGCUCCCCAGAUUCUUCAGUACAUCAGGUUAAAGGGUCAUCUGAACAAGAACAAUACAUAAAUGGAAGUGCACAGCGGCCAGGGGCCACUCCAGUAGGAAGGUCUGCAUCUUAUUCCCGGCAGGUUUCAUCAGAUUUCCCCAAUCAUAAUGUAACUUUUCCACUCCACUCAAGGCAUGUGGCAGAAGUGGCCAAACCUUCUCCUAGUCUGGCACCCUUUCAUCAAGCCAGUGUUUGCACCAGUUGUCACAGCCAUAGUCCUGUGUCGUGUCAUUCAAAAAACUGUUGGCCUGCCAUGGGACAUUUAACUUACCAUGCUAUAGAAAAUCCACCUGAAACAUGUGAAAAUGUUAUAACUGCUUACCAAAAUAUGGUUUGUCCUAGUGUCUGCUGCCAACAAACUACAGGUAAAGCAGAGUUUUGUUCUCCUGUGGACCAACUCUUACUGUCACCAGGGAGGAGAGAGUCUCUGGCAGUCAACCCUUGCAGCCCUCACCAGUGUAGGCAUACUCCACCUUCAGCUAUCCCUACAGCUACUGGUAUGCUUGGCCUUUCUACAGAAGCUUAUCGGCUCCUUGCGGAACAGGACAAACAGCUAAAACUGCUCCAGGCUCAGAUUCAGCGUUUGCUAGAAGCUCAAGCAGCCGAGUCUGAGCCUCCUAAGACACCCAUCCCUAAUAAUUCCAAGGAGAAGAAAGUUAAUUCUGUUUCCACUGAGCAUGAAAUAAAAACAAGUGUUAGCAUUGCUGUCAGUACAGGUGCAAGUUUAUUUUGGAACCCUCCUUGCUCAGAGAAAGAAGAGUCCAUAGAUAAACAGGAUGAUUCUGCUUUUUGUAAUGAGUAUAGUGUUGCUGUGAACACUGAAGACACAAGUCAUACCACUGUCACUUCAUCCUUUAAGGCAGUGGACAUACACAGUUUUUCAGAAAGCACUCAACUGACUGACCAAGGAAACUGCACUGCUACCUUAAAUGCUUCCCAUGAGAAGGAUGAUCCCUGUUACCAAUUACCUGAUGUACAAGACAACAGGAAUUCUAAAUGCUUUGGCAAUCAAGCCAACCAUACUGUGAGCCCAAACGUGGCAGAAAUUGACAAUGGAGUAUCUGGUGUUCCACCAGAGAAGUUUUAUCAGGAUUUGCUGACUCAGGUAAAUAAUCUAUUAAAGUCCUCAUCCACUGAGGAUGAGAUGACCAGUACAAGAAUUGAAUCAGGCCAUGCAAUGGAGAAGACUGAGUCUUUGCCUUUUAAUCCAACUGUAAAAGAUGACAAAAAUGUGCUAAAGGCAACUCUGAAACAACUGAGGAGUCUGGGAGUAAAUAUGGAUAUGAAUACAUCUGAGCUGCAGGCAACUAAGGCUGACACUGCAGACAGUGCAAGCAUACUUGCCUGUAUCAAUCCAGAUGCAGUUAUCCCUAGACUUAACUACAUGUCAUUCACCAAUAUUGGCUUGAGUGGGUUUGUUCCUAAUGGUGUGGACUUAAGCAUGGAGGCAAAUGCCAUUGCCCUGAAGUACUUAAAUGAGUCCCAAUUAACACAGCUUUCCCUGAGCCAUGCAAAUAAGAACAAGCAAACUGAUCCUAUAUCUUACAGCAGUCUCUUACCUGCAACCACAGAGAAAAGCAUGGUUGGACUUAGUUUGAUUUCUCCAAACAACAUGUCUUUUGCAACCAAGAAAUAUAUGAAGCGCUAUGGUUUGAUAGAGAGUAGCGACAGUAGCAUGGAUGAACCUGAUUUACCAAAUACCAGUAGCUUUGCCUUGACACCUUUGCCAGAUGAUCCUAUAGAUGAUAACAUGAGACAGGUUCCUAAUAAUUCUUGUAAGGAUGACAACUUUGCUGCUUGUGACGGACCAACACAGAAAAGGAAAAACGCUGGCGUGGACUCUGCUAUUGAAUGGGCUCAUCAUCCAGAGACAAAUAAACUGAGAAAUAUUACAAACGAGAUCUCAGGGAAGUUUGUAAAUGCAGCACCUCUGCAGGAGGAUAAACCUGUCCAUUUCCUGAAAGACUUAAAGGCCAAGACAAAAUUGUCAGCAACAAAAGUGCAAAUUACGCUGCACCCAGAAAAAGAGAACAACACUGGGGGCGCAGAGUUCUUUCGUGAAAAACAUGAUGGCUUCUCUGGAAAAAAGAAUCUUGCUGGCUCAAGUACAGUUGGAGAUAUUUUAGAUGUUAACAGACUUAGGCAGCUUCCGAAACUGUUCUGAAUGCUUUUUACUCCUUCAGUGUUUUAAAAAUUAUUCUCUAUCCAUUCCUUCCUAUGGAAGAUGUAAUAUAAUGGCCAAACAUUUUGCAAAGCACAACUGGUUCUAUCGAUGCAGUGCUAUUGUCUCACUGUUAACCCUUCAUAUCUGUAUUUGAUGUCCAUAAAAGCCUAAAACUGAGCAAGUAUGCGCCAAUGAAAUACUCGUAGCCCCUUACUGCUCAAGUUUAAAAACUGUUAAUGGAAAAGUACUGCUUUAAAUUAUGCUGAUUACCUUAUAUGUUAUUCCAGUUAAUUUUAAUAAUGUGAGAUUUCACUCUAGCUGUCUUAAGAGUUUACAUUUGGCACUUACUGUUUGUCUUUUAACUGUGUGUGUGUGUGACUGUUUGUAAGUACUUCUAUGCAAUCCAGAAAGAAGGUAAGCUUUCUGUGGCCGUUUGCACAUUUUAACUGAUCUUUGGUGACUGCUGCAUAUACUGUUUUUUUUUUAUUGGUGUAUAACUGUUAUAUAUUUUAUAUUUUUAAUAAAGACAAAUGUAUUACUAUUUA